AUGGGUUUCUCCAAAAACAACUCCAAAGCAUGGGCAUUGCUUUGUUACGUUGUUUUCAUAGCAAUAGCAUAUGUGGCUGCUGUAGAGGCAGCAAAUGGCAACUCUUCUUCAGCUGGAGAGUUCAAUGUGAUGCAAUUUGGUGCCAUUGCUGAUGGAACCACGGACAACAGCGAGGCUUUCGGAGCAGCGUGGAAGGCUGCAUGCGAGUGGAAAGGGCCAUCACGCCUUUUGAUCCCUGAAGGAACGUUCCUUGUCGGUCCAGUCCUAUUCAAGGGUCCGUGCCCCAGUGCCUCACCCAUGGUUGUACAAGUGAAGGGCAAAGUGAAGGCUUUGACAGAUAUGAGCAAAUACCCUUCCGACGAAUGGAUCGUGUUCCAGUAUGUAGAUGGCCUCGUGGUAACUGGGGGAGGGACGUUUGACGGCCAGGGAGCAUCUGCAUGGCGCCUCAACCAGUGUCCUAAGAAAGCCCACUGCAAACUUCUCCCUACGUCAUUGAAAUUCAAUUUCAUUACAAACGGGGAGAUAAGGGGCAUACAUUCAGUGGAUAGCAAGCUCUUUCAUAUGUUAUUAUUUGGGUGCAAGAACUUGAAUGUCCAAUCCAUCAAAAUCUCAGCGCCAGCUGACAGCCCCAACACUGAUGGCAUCCAUGUCGGAUCAUCUUCCAAUAUCACGAUCUCAAGAUCUCACAUUGGAACCGGUGAUGAUUGCAUUUCCCUUGGGCCUGGAAGCACCCAAGUAACCGUGAAGAACGUGUUUUGUGGACCAGGACAUGGCAUUAGUGUUGGAAGCUUGGGCAAGUUCUCCAAGGAGGAGGGUGUGCAAGGGCUUCAUGUGGAGAAUUGCACCAUCUCAGACACCACCAAUGGUCUGAGGAUCAAGACAUGGGCAGGCUCAGACAGCAGCUCGGCCUCCAAUUUCACAUAUGAAGACAUCGUGAUGAACAACGUGGCCAACCCCAUCAUCAUAGAUCAGCAAUAUUGCCCUUACUCUUCUUGCCCACAAAAGGGUCCCUCUCGAGUCAAGAUCAACGAUAUAAGUUUCAAGAAUAUAAGAGGAACCUCUGCUUCCAAAAUUGCAGUAAAUCUAUUGUGCAGUGAGGCUUUCCCGUGCCAAAAUGUUCAGCUUGAUGACAUCAAAUUGGAGUACAAUGGACAAGGGGAAGCUUCGACGGCCUCGUGUACCAAUGUAAAAGGGGUCUCUACUGGGAUACAAAUACCACCAACUUGCAUCUAGAAUCCAUCCUCACUCUUUCUAUUGGUUUUAAACAUUAUUGGAAGGAGGAUGCUUCAUUCUCUUUAUCAGCUUGAUGCCUUCCCUCACAUGAUCAGAAUUGAAUAUUUUUAUGUGAGUGAAAAAUUGUGCGUCAUCUGUGUAACUUGUUUUUCAAUUUCAAUAAAACGGGUAGGGGACCAUCAUCCCCACUGAUUCACCUAAAAAAACUAUAAAAAAUUGCGUUAUCUACUCAACUCAUAAAAAUCAAAUAUAACAUAAAAUGUGAAUUUACAAAUAUAGCAUAACUUGUUUCUUUGAGAGGAACUGAGCUUCUUUGCUUUGUUUUCACCAAAAUCAAAAGCUGCAUCUCUCUUCUAUGCGACAUACAAACCUUGAUUCUGAGAUGCUCUUUGACUCAUCCAAAAUUCUCUACGCAAUUGGAUGAGUCCAAAGCCCAUACAGAAUUCC